AUGCUGGAGCUGAUUGUGGAUAUCAACUAUGUACCUUUUGGGGAAAUCUGCAGGGCCCCGUCACAGGGUGGUGAGCUGUGUACCCGCUUACGCACUUCGGAGGAGAUUGGGGCCCUCAUCAACAGGUUCCUCAAAAACGGCUCGGUCAAUUCAAUCUCUUCAAACAGUUUCAAGCAUACCACGCUGGUUUGGGGCGGUGCUUAUGGCCUGGAUGAACCAUCCCACGCACUGCUGGGAUAUCAUGAACUUCAGGGCUCAGGAUCGAUGGCAGUUUACUCGCGAGAUAUGUUGGCACGGCCGUUGCAACUUUAUUGCAGCAUGUUGUCAAACAUCAGGGAGGUCCGUGCCCGCCCUGAUGAGUCUCACAUGAGCAGGCUGAUGGACUUGAUGAAGAUUUCAGAAAAUGUUGCUGGAACGGUUGACAGGACCACAGCAGCGUCUGCGCAGGCUGCUUUUGACCAUGGCCAGACAGCAGAUGAUGAUGAUGCAUAUGACCUUCCUACACCGAUGGAAAUGGAAUGCAAGUCAAAGAUGGGCGACGAGCAGGUGGAGGAUGACUCUAGUGAACUGCCUUUGUCGGACUCCGGUCAGGAACAGGAGAAGUCAUGUGGUGCACAGUGCUCGGAGAUCGAGCAGCAGACUGCACGUGGCAGGCUCAUGGUUCAAGAGAACUUUGAGUUGUUGGAACAGGGUGCUCCGCCUUGA